CCAGAGUGCUGACAGCAAAAGGAAUCGUCUCUUACUGCGUGCAAUUUAACGAUAAUUUCGCUUUUGUUUCUCAGAUACUGGAACGACUAUCAUGGACUGUCUGUAUUGAUAUAGUUCAGUAUACGGAGGGUGAGACAGAUAUACUACCUGGUGCUUUUUGAGUACAAAAGGAUGGACUGUUUGCCUCUUUUUCUUUAUCUAGUGUUACUGCUUGGUGUCUGUUCUGUGCUCGGUUCCCUUCCUGCUCCCGUCAAUGUUUCUGUCACCUCUGUCAACUUCCACCAUGUCCUGCGUUGGGAUCCUGGACCCGGCUCGCCACCAGGAACACAGUACUUGAUCUUAAGGAGGGUGUCUGGGAAGAAACGGAAACGGCUACUGAACUCAACAACAGCAUCAUUUAAUCUGAAUCUCAAGAAAAAAGAAAAUCAGUCCAUGAGGUACCACCUGACUGUCCAGGCGUCCUACAACCAAACCCUGUCUCCAGAGUCCCACGAAGUCAUUUUUACCCCCUAUGAAGACACCAAAAUAGGUCCUCCAAAACUCUCACUGGCUGGAUAUGGCAACUGCAUCCAAAUCAACAUGUCACUGCCAGAGGCUGACAAGAGCUCAGGAAUCGAUGAUAUCCAGAAAUUCUACGAUGCUCAUUUUAGAGUCUGGUGGAGGAGAGAAAAAAAAGUGGAGUCCCAAGAAACACGAAACAAGAGUUUAACUCUAAACAACUUAGAGGAAGGUAUGGAGUACUGUGUACAGGUGCACACAAAGAUUCGUGUGAACAAAAAUACUGAGCCAUCCGCUUGGGAAUGCACCUUCACUAGCAUUGUGGAACGCAGAGACCCUGUUGUUUUAGGUGCAGUUGCUGCUCUUCUGAGUUUAGUUACGGGUGUCCUGAUGACCUCCAUGUUUUGCCUCCACUACACUGGAUUCCUAUGUAAACUGAAGACAACUCUACCCAGAGCACUGAUAAGGGCUCUGAGCCAAGGCUACACCCUGAGACCAGAGGGGACAAUCCCAGACCCAGUCUCCAUUAGCUCAGAGAUGAAGAAACAGAGGAAGCACAACAAUCCCACAGUGCAACAUCCUGCCAAUGGGGAUGAGGAUGAUGAUGAGGAGGAAGAGGAAGGGAUAAACGUCUACAUGGACAGACACCCACAGCAUUCCUCAGGUGAAAGUUUGUGCUGGGGCUUUGGUAAUGAGUCGGAGAACAGCGAGCCAGCUGCGUCAGGCGACUGUGGUAGUUUGACUGAGGGGUUGUCAGCUGAGGUGAAGGUACUAGAUGCAGAGUUUGAGGAUGAAGCCAAAGCUGAAGGAGCAACGGUUUCUUUCAUGCCGGAGGAGGGUCAAACUGGACUCCAGGGACAUGUCAGAGGUGAAGAGGAGGAGGAGGAGGAGAUGAAGGAGAAGGAUGAGGUGUUUGACAGCUCUGGCAAUGUCAAUUUGUUCUCAGUCACCCUUGCCGCACUGAGUGCAGAUGAAGAAGAGAGGGAAGACCAGAAUACAAGAGACUCUCUCUCAGAGUUUUUGAAAUUAUCUGAUCUGGAGCCUCUACUGCUGACAGUCCCAAGAGUGACCUGGUGUGAAGGCAAGCGUGCAGUCACUUCUAGCUCCAUCAAAACUUGUGAUGGUAAGACACAACAUGAAGAGGCACAAGAGGAGGAGGAGAAGGAGGAGGACGAAGAAAUCUUUGGAUAUAUGGCACACACAUGAUAUUCGGCUCUGAUGUGUGUUGUAUGUGUAAGUGUUACUCAUGCACAGUAUGUGUGUGAGUAUCAUGGGUACAGUCCCUUUUUAUAAAAGGAAAAAUCCAACUGAAAUAUCUGAUGUAGUCAAAGACUUGGCUGUCCUUUCAUCCCUUUUUAGGAGAUUUUGUAAACCAUCCACAGUUGGCCUUAGGUGACGCCGACGACUAACGACUGUCACCACAGCCAGGAGCACUAACAAACCAAGUGACAUCAAUGGCCUUGAUAACGACCCCACAGAGGUUAAAUACCUGGGAGUCCCGACCAGUCAUCCAGAACUGAAGAAGCCUUUUGGAUGAGAGGUGAAACGUCUUCAAGUACCUACAACCAAGUCCAGUUGCCCUCAUUUCAACUCUUCUUAGAUAACCAUGACCCAGACGACUGAGAAUCUUCACAGACAUCAUAGUUAAAGAGGUUGAUUUUGUUGUUUUGGUGGUCUGUUUUCCUAUGCUUAAGGAAAGACGAGGACACAACACAUCAUUACAGUUUCCCUACAGCUAAAAAUACCAUUGUAGCCGCAUGCAUUUUGGCAAGUUUUGAAGGCAGCAAACUCAUCCCACAUUCUCAUACUUAUAACCAUUGAUAUUUAGUUAUUUAGCAAAAAAUUGUUUUUCAACACCAGUACAUUUUUCAUAGACAAAACAUGCCAGAACAGUGACAGAAAAGGGAAGAACUAAAAUAGAUUAUUCUAAGUGUCAACCAAAAGCAUUUUGCAAAUGUGUGAAAAAAUGCAGAGAUGCCUCAAUAUUAAUCUGAGGUAGUAUUUACUUUAUGAGUCCUGUCUGUAAGCCCUGUUUUAGCCCAUAGUGCUUGUAAAUCUUCAUACUUCGCAUUGUUUUAUUUACUUCUGUGAGUUGUCCCGGCUGAUAGCAUGCUAUAUUUGCAUGCAAUUUCAUCCAGUGUUAACACAACUUUUUCACAACAGACAUGUCAUAGCAAAAAAAAACAACACAGGUGUAAUUAAUAACAGGAACAAAUGAUGCAGUUAUAGGGUCUUGGUAUCGCACAUGCUGGCUAAGUGGAAUAGCUUACUGGGAACCCGGCCAUUGUUAAUAUUAAUAAUUAUAAAUGCUUUUUUCCUGCUAUGACAAGUCAAAAUAUCUGCCGUGAAAAAUCUUUAUUAAAACCAGCAAGAUAAUGAUUUGUAAACAGCUCAUGUUCACAUUAAUAUCCAACUCUUACUAAUAUCAAGUAUAUCUGGGUAAUCAAUCCCAUAAUAAUGGACGGGAAAUAGAUUUUUCUGAGAGCUUGGAUAUAUCUGACUUAAUGAUACAGAAUUGCCUGAAAAGCCAAACAAGUAGAGAUGCCUCACGUUAGCCAAAUUCAUUGUAAAUAAUUAAGAAUUUAAUAAACUUGUUAUACAGGACUUUUUUUUAUAGAAGACAUUUUGACUUGUCAUAUCAGGAAAAGCACAGGUGUUACUAAUAACAUUAAUGAUAACUCUGUUCUGUUUAAGUGUCCUAGUAAGUUAUGACAGUGAGUCAGGAUGCGCAUUACUAGGAUCCUGAAACUGAAGCAGCUAAAUGGAAUUCAGCCAUCGUUUAUGUUAAUGCUGAAACCUGUGCUUUUGAUCUGUUAAAAGGGCCUAUGUGAAAUCCUGCAUUAAAACUCAACAAGG